AUGGCGGAGGCUUCACUCGAUAUCGUGGGAGAACAGCUGGCCAACAUCAUUGACAACCUCUAUAUGUUGAUAGUGCAAGCUCAUGAUCAUCGUGGACAAGCCACAUCGCAAGACAUGAUCGCCGAGAUCAAAGGUCUCGUUGGUAACCUCCAGGCCAUCACGCAGACCUCCAAGAGGCUGCCAACACACUUGCCAAUCGAGAUCAUACAGUACGUUGAGAAUGGUCGCAACCCUGACAUCUACACCCGAGAAUUUGUGGAGCUGGUCAUGCGCUACAACCAACAACAGAAGGGACGGAGCGAAGCCUACGGGGCAUUUCGUGACAUCCUCGGCCGCGAGAUGAUGGGUGGCAUCCCCGAGAUUCGAGACGAGGUCAAACAAGUCGUUCUGGCUACCGGCGGCACCGUUGAGUAG